CUAACGUCAUUUUCAAUUUUAGAUGAUUUGAUUGUUGAUCCCCGCAACUUUGAAUGGAUGAGGGAAGCAAAUUGCCCAGUUGUUGCCGAUGUUACACAUGCACUACAACAACCUGCAGGCAAAAAGCUGGAUGGUGGAGGUGUUGCAAGUGGAGGUCUCCGUGAAUUAAUACCAUGUAUUGCAAGGACAUCAGUUGUUGUUGGGGUGGAUGGCCUCUUCAUGGAGGUAAGAGACAGUGAUUUAUCUUGUUAUAUUUGUGCUUAUUGCUUGGCUAAGUAUAAAAUCUCAGAAUAUAAGUCCUGAGAGAAGAUUGUGGACCUUAGCAUAAUCUAUAUAAUCUAGAGCAACUCUGCAUUCAUUUUCGCCGAGACAUCCUGAAACUCCAAAUUGAAAGGUGAAAGUUUUGGUGAUGCCUCCUAUUGUCCUGAUUCCUUCUAUUCAUGAUAUUUCAUCUAAUCAUCAAGAAACUAUUCAUAGGUCUAUCUUUCAUUAAUAUGAUCAAUUACCUGUACUAACUAGUAAACUCAACUUGUUCCAUAUGUAUAUUGAUAAUGUUGUACCACGUAAACUAAUAAAAUUAUUGGCAUUUGCAAAUAGGGAAAUUAUGGAUAAGCUACUCAAAAUAGAGUUUUUAAUGCCUUAUAUUUUCCAAUAAUGUAAACAAGAUCUAACAAACUUUACAGGCUACUAAUUAGUGCGCUCUCUUUUCUUCAAUACGCUUCAAGGUUGUGGUUGCUAGAAAAAAAUUGCUUGCCAAAAUUUAGUUGGUUUGGCAUCUUGUCAUUAAAUACCGCCGUAGGGCUCAUUACUUAUUUAUUUACUUAUUAUUAUUAUUUUAUUAUUAUUGUUAUU